CGAGCUCCUUCCCGAGGCGGACAGUGGUCGCUCCUCGGGGUCGGGGUCGACCCAGUUCGCCGGGCCAUGGCGCGGGUGUUGAGAGCGGAGGCUGACACAGCCGAGCAAGACCUGAGCACUGCUGAGGAGGGACAAGAAGGACAGAACCAGAAGUGUGCCAGUCCUAAAGUUUUGGAGUCUAGUAGCGAUGAAGAAUUUGAAACUGUGUUAUCCCAUGUAAAAAUUCCAAAGAUCUCAUCUUGUUCACCUUGGGAGGAGAGAAAUGACCAAUGUGAUGAAGCUGGUAACUCCACUGGUGAGCUGGUGAAAAGAAAAGCAUCUGGAGAAAAGCCCAAAGAAAAGAAAGCCUUCAAGACUCCUUCCAGGGAUGUUCCCAGCUCAGUUCAGGAUUCAGGGGCCCCCACGCCCGGCUUUUCAGGUGCUUCGGGGCUAAUGCCUACCUUGUCGACUCCCCCAGUCACAUCAGCCAGUUACGCAGAUGCUCCGAAAAGCGGUAGAAGGAUAAAUACAUGCCAGGUGGCUGGCUGCUUCCUGGCUGAGCUCUCCAGUCCCGCAUCAGAUUAUGUGAAAUACUUUCAGCUGAAAAGGGAGGAGUUGAUUUGGAAGCUCUAUCACUUGUAUAACGCCACGAUCUUCGGGAAGCAGUUGCCAGAGAGAAUGAGCAUCAGCUGGAAUAAAAAGAUGCGUACAACGGCGGGAUUCUGCCAUUUUUCAGGCAGGGAAGAUGAUCUACCAUCAAAUCGCAGUAUCCGAAUUGAGCUUUCUGAAAAAGUCUGUGACUCUGCAGACCGGCUCCGGGACACCUUGAUUCAUGAGUUAUGCCAUGGGGCUACCUGGCUGUUUCAUGGCGUCAGAGACUGUCAUGGUCCCUUUUGGAAGAUCUAUGCCCAAAAAUCUGUGUUGGUGCACCCAGAACUGCCUGCGGUGAAACGCUGCCACUCUUACGAGAUUCACUACAAGUUUAUUUACGAGUGUGCUCAGUGCAAAGCCAGGGUUGGCCGGCACUCCAAGUCGCUGAAUGUCAGUCGUGUAGUCUGUUCUCUGUGCCACGGGUCUCUAAGACUGCUCCCACCCACCCAGAGAGCUGGCACAUCUAGUCAGACUCAGCCCACUCCAGCUGCCACAUGUGUGACAGUAAGCCACCACCGCUGUUAAUAAGGGAAAAAGGGUUCAUUUGCACCAGACAGAGGUGACAAAUGCUGACAUCCAGUAGGAUACGGUAACCACGGAUCAGAAUAUUGCUGUUUCUAGAAUUUAUUUAGGGAGGAUUAGCUGGAAAAAUAACAUUGAACUGUUCAAAUUUUUUUCAUGUGUUUGAUGUAAAAUUUAGUGCUGAUUUAGAAUCCUGUGCAUUUGAGUAGUGAUUUCCUGUCAUUGGCCAAGAAACAUCAGGAUUGUGGCUGUGAAAAUAUCUAGCUGCCCUCUCCUUUUGCCUCCACGGACCCAUGAUUCUGACAGUGUUGGGAGCUGAACUCGUUUGGGUGAAAUGGCUAAGAGGAGGUAAAGCCACAGCUCUCUAAGCAGGGAGAAGGGGGACUGCCCCAGAAAAACCAGAA